AGGACAGCUUUGGGAACCACUGAAUAUUUAAUCUUUAUGUAUGCACGUGAUUGAAAGAUUAACUGUAAAGUUUUAUUUUAAACCAAAAAGUAUUUUAUAUUAAAAUUACCUCACUGAAAAAAGUGUUUCAUUCAUCGAAUUAAAUAAAUAUAGGGUAAUGAGUCACAUCUAUAUUUUUUAAUUCGAGCCAAUGAAAAAUAAACAAUCUGCCCUUAGGCAAAGUUAUUUAUUUUUCAUUGGCUCCAGUUAAAAAAAAAUAUAGAUGUGAAUAAUUACACUAAAUUUUUUUCAUUGGAUGAAUGAAACACUUUUUUCCAGUGCUGUUUAUGCAGGCUUGUUUAGAAUGUAAAACAAAUGACAAAUUAUAUUACAAAGAUUCUUAUAAAUUCAUGUGGAAAUCCAUUAUGCAUUGUAUUAAAGAAAAAAAAAAUCCACGUAUAUUUAUCUUUCCAGAAAGGGAGGUGUUGUCAGUUUUAUCUAUUCGUAUCUUAUCUUUGAACCUCUUCAGUUUUCUUUUAUCUAACUUUAGGGCUGUACCGUGUACCAUGCAAUGUUUUCCACUACAUCUACUGGACGCAUGUGAUAUCGCAUAUGUCUAUCUGUCAUUGCCAGUAAGAGUUUUGGAAUGGUUUUCCUUCACAUUUCUAAAACGCCAUAUAAUAUAUUCAGUAACAAAAUCAUACUGUGCCAAACACAUUUAUUUAUGGCCUAAUGAGUUAGUGAGGUCCAUUCCUCUGUUUGAUUGGCCGAGUGGACGUUUCACCGGAUCACAGAUCGCUUGUCUGUGUUCGUGGGCACUUCACGAGCGGUAGUUGGGUUUACCUGCAGCACAGAGCUGAAUAUCAACACAGAAAACACCUGUGUUGACCCCUGCGAAGUUGUAUGAUGACGCAGAUUUCUCUUUCAGGGCAGAGUUGUAUGCUUUUGCUUUUAAUAACUAACGGGGGUUUGAAGUUAGUGAGCAGGCAGAGAAAAACAGAAAGCCCGGAGUGGAGCUCGAUCGGAGUGAUUACAUAACGCCUUCGAUCUAAUUGAACAUCAGCAUAGACAUAUUUGCAGACUCAGUAGUUAUUUAUACUUAUGUAUUUCCCCUCUGCUAUAAAAUAUAUUUAAAGGUUGCCUACUCUACUGCUGUGUUUAGUGGAAAUGUGCUCGUUUAUGGACUGUAUCCCACUAGGACAUGCCUUUCAGAGCGAUAAACGCUCUCAGAGAGAGAAAGAGAGAGAGAGAGAGAGAGAGAGAGAGGAGCAUGAGCGCGCAUCUGUCUUCUGUCAAACGUGACAGCUGUGUCCACUGCCUCCCUGUGAACGCAUCGUACCAUGUUUCCACAAUGAGCUUCAUCAGCCAAGCCGCACGUUGCGUCUCAGGUGUCGAGCGUCAGUUGUGCUGUUUUCUGUCUUUUCUUCUAUUUUCGGUUCAGAGUAUAAGUCUUAUUUCUGGGAGCGCUUUGGUGCGUUACUAUUGCGCGCAGCGACAUUUCAUCUGACGGCGCGAGAGUUUCGAGUCCCAAAACUGCAAGCCAUUUGCUUUCAUUCAAACGCGCUUUCUUUUUAUUUGCAUUUCAACUCGGCGACUUUUCACUUUCUCGAGGAUCGCACUGGAUUUCUGUGUCAUUUUUGUUGAUUUCCUGGACUAUAAAGACUUGUUUCCUUCGCUAUGCGUUCGACUUUUAGAUUAUCUUCUUCUGUAUUGCUCGCUCGUUCUUGAAAAAGAGAGAAAACCAGAAUAACACGGCUCUUGAAUCUGUCCACGCGUGAAAAUGCCUAUACGCCGGGGACACGUCGCUCUCCAGAACACUUAUCUGGACACCAUCAUCAGGAAAUUCGACGGCCAAAAUCGUAAAUUCCUGAUCGCCAACGCCCAGGUGAAGAACUGCGGGAUCAUCUACUGCAAUGAGGGCUUCUGUCAGAUGUUUGGUUUCUCACGGGCGGAGAUCAUGCAGCAGUCCUGCAUGUGUCAGUUUCUGGUGGGGCCGGGCACUAUGAAGAGCGCCCUGGCACAGCUGGCACAGGCCCUGCUCGGGUCAGAGGAGCGCAAGGUGGAGAUCCUGUACUACUCUAAGGAAGGGACAUGUAGGCCAUGCUUGGUUGAUGUGGUUCCAGUAAAGAAUGAGGAAGGAGUCGUAAUCAUGUUCAUCCUAAACUUCCAGGAGCUUUUAGACCUGUCCAUGAAAAAAGGUGGCAUCAAACAGCGAAUGACAGACAGUUGGCUACGGGCAGAUCAGAAACGUAAGAAGAGGCUGCGAAUGCCCUCUCUCCGUGUCAAGCGGCAGCCAUCCAUCCCUACGGACCACUUUGAGGGAGUGGUGGUGGACUUCCUACAGCCUCCUUGUGAGGAGGUGGCCCUGAAAGACCUCCAGAUGUCUCCAGACAGCUGCUUGAAAUCAGAGACUCAGGCCUUGAUUCAGCAGACCCCCUCCACAUACAGCUUCUCAUCCCCACUCACUCGUCCCUCAGACCGGCUAGACCCCAGCGGACCCCCUCUCAAACACAGCCACUCCAGAGAGAGCGUGCACAGCCUUCGGCGGGCCUCCUCACUGCACGACAUCGACGGCAUGAGGGACCAGUGGAGCGAUCUGAAGCCCAGUAACUUGAACUCCACCUCAGACUCUGAUUUGAUGCGGCACCGUGCUAUUGGCCGAAUCCCUCAGGUGACGAUAUCCUUCAGCUCAGACCGUGUCAGACCACCCUCCCCCACCGAGAUCGAGAUCAUAGCACCCAGCAAGAUUAAAGACCGCACACAGAACGUCUCUGAAAAGGUCACUCAAGUCACGCAGGUACUGUCACUUGGGGCAGAUGUGCUUCCUGAGUACAAGCUUCAAGCUCCACGCGUCCACAAGUGGACCAUCCUCCACUACAGCCCGUUCAAGGCAGUAUGGGACUGGAUCAUCCUGCUCCUGGUGCUCUACACGGCCGUCUUCACGCCCUACUCUGCGGCGUUCCUCCUCAACGAGCAGGAGGACGAGAGGAGGCGCACCUGCGGCUACACCUGCAACCCCCUCAACGUGGUGGACCUGGUGGUGGAUGUCAUGUUCAUAAUCGACAUCCUCAUCAAUUUCAGGACUACUUAUGUGAACCACAACGACGAGGUGGUCAGCAAUCCCACUCGCAUCGCUCAGCACUACUUCAAGGGCUGGUUCCUCAUAGACAUUGUGGCUGCUGUUCCCUUCGACCUGCUCAUUUUCAGAUCAGGUUCAGAUGAGCCUCAAACCACGACUCUGAUUGGUCUUCUGAAGACUGCGCGGCUGCUGAGAUUGGUGCGAGUAGCGAGGAAACUGGACCGUUACUCUGAGUACGGCGCGGCAGUGCUCUUCCUCCUCAUGUGCACCUUUGCCCUCAUCGCUCACUGGCUGGCAUGCAUCUGGUACGCCAUUGGCAACGUGGAGCGCACCAGCUCUGCCCGUAUUGGAGGCAUGAAGAUCGGCUGGCUGGACAACCUGGCUGACCAGAUCGGCAAACAGUACAAUGACAGCGAUUCCUUCUCCGGCCCCUCCAUUAAGGAUAAAUAUGUAACUGCACUGUACUUCACCUUCAGUAGUUUGACCAGUGUGGGAUUUGGAAACGUCUCUCCUAACACCAACCCUGAGAAGAUUUUUUCCAUUUGUGUCAUGCUCAUUGGCUCCCUGAUGUAUGCCAGUAUCUUUGGCAAUGUGUCAGCUAUAAUUCAGAGGUUGUAUUCAGGCACAGCUCGCUAUCACACUCAGAUGCUGCGUGUGAAAGAGUUCAUCAGGUUCCAUCAGAUCCCAGGAGGCCUUCGGCAACGACUAGAAGAGUACUUCCAGCACGCCUGGUCCUACACUAAUGGCAUUGACAUGAACGCUGUUUUGAAGGGUUUUCCGGAGUGUCUGCAGGCUGACAUCUGUCUGCAUUUGAACCGCAGUCUGCUGCAGAACUGUAAAGCAUUCCGGGGGGCGAGCAAAGGCUGUCUGCGGGCUCUGGCCAUGCGUUUUAAGACCACCCAUGCCCCACCCGGAGACACUCUUGUGCACAGUGGAGAUGUGUUGACCGCAUUGUAUUUCAUCUCCCGCGGCUCCAUAGAGAUCGUCAGAGAGGAUGUGGUCGUGGCCAUUUUAGGUAAAAAUGAUAUUUUUGGAGAGCCCAUCAGUCUAUAUGCCAGGCCGGGGAAAUCAAGCGCGGACGUGAGGGCUCUGACAUACUGUGACCUGCACAAGAUCAUCAGAGACGACCUGCUGGAAGUGUUGGACAUGUACCCCGAUUUCACCGACUGCUUCUGGAGUAACCUGGAGAUCACAUUCAACCUUCGAGAUGCAGACAGAAACAUGCAUCCAACCCCAAGCGAGGACUCAGACUGUGGGUACCGUCGACCCAGACAUCGGAGGAAACCCUUACAGCGGAAUCGACCUGAUGGGAUGGACCGAGAUGGGAUAGACACAUACCCAGUCCAGUCCUGUUCGCCUGUGGGGAACCACCGGGGAGCAAUACCGCUCUCACACUGGGAUGAGUUAUGUAGCAAUGCCAGUGCUGAUUCCUUGUCCAGUGAGGAGGACAUGAAGCCCCUGGUUUCUGGCCGAGGGGAAAUGUACUCACCAGGGACAGAGAUGCAAGAAUACUCCCCUUCUGUAGUCAGCCUCAUGCCACCCAGCAACAGCACAGCUUCUGCCACUGGAGGACCACUGGGAGGGACACAGCCAUACACAGCGACUCCUCUGAACGUUUCGGGGUUGUACAGCUAUUUGCCUGACAACAGGGCCAGUGAGUACUCAGAGGGUCAGAGACGUUCCUCUGCAGUGCAGGCCUGCUACCACCAUCACAGCCCCUGUGUUGAGGACAGACCGACUCAACUGCAAGCACGUCUGGAGCUGCUGCAGUCGCAACUCAACAGACUGGAGACCAGGAUAACAUCUGAUAUAAAUGUGAUCCUGCAGUUGCUGCAGAGGCAGGUGGUACCUGUGCCCCCUGCCUACAGCGCUGUUUCCCCUGAAACACUGGCCCACCACACUCAUCCUACCAGCCUGUACACCACACCAACGCACAGCACUGUGCCAUCUUUACAGAUCAAUGGCAGUUCAUCACCUGGUAAGAUCCCUGACUUGGACAGCUUCAAAGAGAAGUCUCCAGACUCUUUGUCCAGUGGGAUCCAUCUAACAGUUGCCUCCAAUGACACCAUGUCCAUGUCCCCAGAGACAGAGCUGGCUGUGCCCACAGGACUGAAUCCCCCCAGAGAGCCUCAUCCACAGACCCCGGGACUGCUGUGUAGAAGCCUGCGCUUCCCGUCGCUCCCAGACAGUCUGGAGAGUCCCAGCACGUUGCAUGGUUCAACAGAAAUCCAGAGGCACGUGUCUAAUCCAGUCUUACCUGGAAGCUAGAGGCCAAAAACAGACUACUGUCCAUUCUGAGACCCAAAUAUGGUUUCUCUUUUCCAACAGCUCAAUACUGCUCUUCUGCAAUAAAAUGUCUUUGUUACUCAUUAGUUAAAAGUGCGUCCAGUAGAGAAAGCGGUGUCUGCAGAUUUCUUUGAAUCUCGGAGGUGUUUUGUCUCAUAUCCCUUCUCAUUCAGAGCAGGAAUUUUUCCUCUGAUGCGAGAGUAUUUGGUAACACCUCUCAGCUUUUGUGUUAUUGAAUAUGAAGAGAAGCUCAGUGAGCAAUAAAGACAAGGUCAAAGAGUCAGAGAUUAUGAUCAUCUGCCACCAUCAUGUACAUUAUACACUUUUGUGUGUCUGAGAUUUGUCAUUACAUACUAAACCUCAUCUUGUCUUCUUACGUCAUCAUAUAUAUAUAUUAUGUGUGUCAAGUUAGGUGUUUGACCCAAAUUUAUUGUAUUACUACAUCAAAUGAUGUUGUGACUGGCACAAAAAUUAAGCUUUGUAUAUUUGUAUUCAUAGUAACCAAAUAAGCAUCAAUUCAGGGUUAUGAAAUGAUAUUUCUCACUGAAGCGGUUAUUUUAACUGCUGAUGGGUGGUGUGUCUGUGUGUUAAGACGUAAGUGUGGUCUUUUGGAAAUAUAAUCACUGAAUUUGAAAGAGAAAACUAUUCAGUCUCGACAUUCUGAUUGGAGAAAGUUGAAGGACUGAUUUUUUUUGUUUGUUUUUUUGUAAAUCACUUUUUGAGAUGAAAUCAGUGUAAAGUUUGUUUUACCUCUGCAAUGUAAGCAGAUGAAUGUAUGUAAAAUGAUCGGAAUCCUUCAUUGGACUGUGAAGGUUUCCAAAAGCACACAAUUAUAUUAUUCUUUUUUAGAUGAAAUGUAAUUUAUAAAGGUCUGCUAAUGCUGCACUGGCUUUAAGAUUCCAA